ACUGACUUCCCCCUUCUCUCCUUUGUUUCUGUCUUUCGGAAACAACUGUAGAGUAGCGCAUCCAGUAGAACAACCAAUCAAUCAUGCCGCCUAAAAAGAACAAGGGCGUCAAGCUCUCCCUCGCAGAAUUCAAUGUCGACCAAUCCACCGGGACGAAUUGGGCUGAUGAGGAGAUGGACAUGCCUGUUGUCCCAGGCUUCGCUUCCGCCCAACCAGGAUUCGCUAGCUCUGGCGGCGGUGGUGAUCGAUGGGGUUCAGGCCCAGGUGGCCCUCCAAGACGCGACUACGGUGCAGGUCGUUCAGGUGGUGGCGGUGAUGAUUUUGGCGCUGGUCCUGAUCGUGGGUAUGGAGUACGUGACCCAAUCCCCAUGCCAGACCGACCUCCCUUCACCUCUCACAUUGGUAAUUUGACGUUCGAUGUAACGGAAGGUGAAAUCACCGACUUCUUCUCCAACCAAGGUGCAAAAGUCAAAUCUGUUCGACUCGUACGGGACCGGGAAACCGAUCGACCGCGUGGAUUCGGGUAUGUUGAGUAUGAAGAUCAAGAAUCACUCAAACAAGCACUCAGUCUGUCUGGGGCUUCUCUUGCUGGUCGUGAUGUGAGAGUCACCGUGGCAGAUGCACCAAAAGGUGGUAUGGCCGGUGAACGUGAUUUGGAUUGGGGAAGUGCACGAAGCAGGGGCCCUUUGCCAUCAAGCGACAGAGACAGGCAGUCUUCUUAUGGUGGUCGACCCGGUGGUGGUUACGAAGCUCGUGGUGGUGGCUAUGAGGCUCGUGAACCAAGAGAGAUGCGUGAGCCGAGAGAGCCAGAACGCGAUCUGGACUGGAGCUCUGCAAGGAGCCGUGGCCCAUUGCCACCAGCUGAGCGUGAAGAACGCUUCGGUGGUGCAGGUGGCAGGGAGCGACGUGGCUAUGAACCGCGUGAACCUCGCGAAGGUGGUGAACGUCGUGAAUUUUCUGAACAAAAGCGCGAUUCGGGACCUGAUUUGGAUUGGUCUUCUACACGCAGGGGUCCAGUUGCUGGUGAUGGAGGUGCUAGUGCACCUACUGAGCGUCGCAAGCUUUCUCUCGCACCUAGAUCGGCAUCGACUGCUGAAGGUGCUGCAACGCCUGCUACGGCUUCAUCGCCUGUUGCUAGCACAAAAGCCUCGCCGUUCGGUGCUGCUCGUGCUGUUGACACGUCUGCUGCUGAGCGUAAAGCCGAAGAGAAGCGUCAGGCCAUGCUUCAAGAGCGCGAGGCUGCACAGCUUGCAAGGCAAGAAGCUGCCAAGAAGGAGAAGGAGAAGAAGCCAGUGGAUAUCCUUCGUCGGACUGAAGCGUUGAGCUUGGCUGAUGGCAAGAGCCCUGCAUCGCCUGCAUCUACUGCAGCCAAAGAGGCUGAGAAUGUGGAUGUCAAGGCAGAGGCAGAACUGGCUGCUAUUGUCAAGAAAGAGGAAGCGGCUCCUGUCGCUGAGGAUGGAUGGACCGUCAACAAGAAGAAGUAGACUUAGCUUAGCAUCUGGACCUCUACAGUGUACCUUGCGAAUCUAGUAGUCCUGGACUCGAUCUAUGCCCUCAAUCUCCUGCAAUGUGAGCU